GAGAGGAGAGAGAAGCAGAGGGAGGGAAAGAAAGACGAGCGAGAGAGAGAGUCCAGCCCACUCCGCUAAAACCAUUCAACUGGUGAGCGAGGGAAGGCAUUCACCACAGAGAGAGAGAGAACGAGGUGGACUGUGAGCUGAGCUCAACUUUGCAGCUUCCAAACUUCUGAGAGAGAACGUGAGAGAGCGAGCAGAGGAGGAGGAAGGUGAAUCUCAAACACUCUUCUUCUUCAUCCAGGACUCAGUUUUUCUUCACUUUUCUACCAAACUCGACUCUUCUUCGUCUCCUCGGCUGUGUUUGAGCACCCGGCAGCAUCACUGAAUCUCCUGCCGUCAUGUCGCUGUUGCCCUUGCUCAGCUGGACCCUCCUGCUCCUGGUCCAGGUGCAGAGCAGCGUUUCCGCCUCGGACCCGGCGGGGCCCGGGCUCCAGCCGCUUUCCCUGACCGUCCACCCUCACCACCAGCCAGACGCCGACUCCCACUGCCCCUCCUGCGCCCUGGCCAGGAUGCGGAGGAACGAAGGGGUCACAGCGGGGGAUGGCAUGGCGAGGGGGCACGAGCAAGAUGAAGAUGAGGCGGCUCAGCAAGACGUGGUGGAGGCGGUGAAGAGGCACAUCCUCAACAUGCUGCACCUCCAGGCCCGACCCAACAUCACCCGGCCCGUGCCGCGCGCCGCGCUCCUCAACGCCCUGCGCAAGCUCCACGUGGGGCGAGUGGCGGAGGACGGCAGCGUGCAGAUCGAGGGGGAGGAGGAGGUGAGAGGGAGGGGAAGCCGAGGAAGAGGAGGAGGGGCAGCAGCACCAUCGGUGGCGGGAGACGGCGGCGAUGUUCAGGAGACGACGGAGAUCAUCACCUUCGCCGAGCCCGGUGAGGUUCCGGGCACGGUGAACUUCGUCCUCUCCAAAGAAGGCGGCGACCUGUCUCUGGUGGAGCAGGCCAACGUCUGGCUCUUCCUCCGUUUAGCCAAGACCAACCGCAGCCGAGCCAAAGUCACCAUCCGCCUCUUCCAGCAGCACCACCCGUCCGGCGGACGUCCAUCUCUGCCGCAGGACGACACCCUCCUGUCAGAGAAGACGGUGGACACCCGCCGCAGCGGCUGGCACACCUUCCCGGUGUCGGCGGCCGUGCAGGCCCUGCUGCAGAGCGCCACAAGUACGACACUGAGCCUCAGGGUGUCCUGCCCGCUCUGCGCCGACACCGGCGCCACCAUCGUCCUGGUCUCGGGCAGCGCUGAGACAUCGCAGCGCAACAACCAGCGGGAGCAGUCCCACCGGCCCUUCCUCAUGGCCGUGGUCCGGCAGGGAGACGGCAGCGACUCGCAGCGGCGCAGGAAGCGCGGGCUGGAGUGUGAUGGGAAGGUGCGUGUCUGCUGCAAACGGCAGUUCUACGUCGACUUCAAAGAUAUUGGCUGGAACGACUGGAUAAUCGCUCCACGCGGUUAUCACGCCAACUAUUGCGAGGGCGAAUGCCCCUCCCACGUGGCGAGCAUCACCGGGUCCACGCUGUCCUUCCACUCCACUGUCAUCAGCCACUACCGCAUGAGAGGCUACAGCCCCUUCCAGAACGUGAAGUCGUGCUGCGUGCCAACCCGCCUACGAGCCAUGUCCAUGCUGUACUACAACGAGGAGCAGAAGAUCAUCAAGAAGGACGUCCAGAACAUGAUCGUGGAGGAGUGCGGCUGCUCGUAGACGCAGACCUGAGCGGGACAGGAGGAGCACCUCUGAACCCAGAGAGGGAGGAAGCUGACUCUAGGAUCAUCACGUCACUUUUAUUGACUGUGUUUCAUCCUUCGCCUCCUUCCGUCCCUCGAGGUCGCCCUCUGGGAUAAAAACUCUGCUCCAGACUCGUCCAGCAGAACUCAGAGAGUCUCCACGGCACUUUCAGAAAAAGAGAAGAAAAAAAGCUCUAAUAUAUUUUUGUUACAAACGGAGGAGCGAAGCUUAUUUAUGUGGCUGAGACGUUCAGGCACCGCUGAACCGACUUCGGAGAGACGAGGUGCCUGAAAAAAAUGCGACAAAAGAAGAAAAAAAUCUCAAAACUAUGCAACUUGUUUCACGUUUUCAGACCUUAUUGUAUUUUAUUUGUCUCCGUUUGUCGGCUCCCCAAAUGUUUACUUUCUCAAAAUGUUGGAGGAAGACAGAAGAAGACUCUUGUACUUUAUUUAGAAGUGUGUGUGUGUGUGUGUGUGUGUGUGUGUGUGUGUGUGUGUGUGUGUGUGUGUGUGUGUGUGUGUGUUGAGAGAUACUUGAAAGAAACAAGUUGGCUCGGCUGCUGGAACCAAACACUUCUUUAUGUUAUAAUUAUUAUUGUCAGUAAGUAUAUUAAUAUUAUUAUUGUUGUUAAUAAUAUAUUGUGUUAUCAUGUCUCUUUUUUAAAAGAAGCGUUUCAAACGUGUUUAUUUUUUGCACUAUAGCGACACUCGUGUUCAGAUUAGCCACAGACAGAGAGGACAGACCGGAGGGAGGUCACAGGUUUGAGCCCCACUAGUCUUGACAGAAUACUUGAGCGUGUCAUCAGUUGUGUCACUUCCUGGUUGCUGAGGCUUGAAGCUGGCGUCUAACGCUCACUGCCAGAGAAUCCUGAUUUUGCCAAAAGCAGGUGGCUGACUCGCGUUAGAAUGUACCUUUGAUUUCAGGAUGUGGGUCUUGAUGCUGUUUCACAAUAAAAGUCUAGCAGGAAAGCUGCAUCCCCUUCUGUUUGUUUCUGUCACUGCUUCUCAGUGAGCUGCUGCCCACGCCCAGCUCUCUGUACUCACAGCAUGAUCUGCUAGAGGGUGUGGGGGGGCCACAGCCCCGUCCUCCAGGGCAUGAAGCAGGUAUGGAGGAGAUCAAAA